AGGUGACAUUAAACAAAAUAGAUUUACAGUGAUCUCAUCGAGGUGUCUAGAAAGAAAAGAUUUUUUUAUAGGAAUUUAGAGACUAGAUUGGCUUUAAAAAUGGAGCAGGUUUUAGGACAGCAUCUCCUGCAGGCCACACAGGCCAUGGAACAACAGGUGGAUGCCGAAAUUGAAAAACUGGACAAGUUUGACGAAGAUGAUUUUGAAGCAUUGAGAGUUAAGAGGAUGGCAAUGAUGAAAAAAAUGGCGUCACAGAAACAAGAAUGGCUGGCACAGGGUCACGGAGAAUACACGGAAAUCUCAAACGAGAAGGAAUUCUUUGAUGAGUGUAAAAAAAGUAAAAAAGUGGUUUGCCAUUUUUAUCGAGACAGCACAUUCCGUUGUAAAAUCGUGGAUAAACAUUUAUAUAUCUUGGCACCAAAACAUUUGGAAACCCGAUUCCUGAAGCUAAAUGCGGAGAAAGCACCAUUUUUAGUUGAACGUCUGAGAAUUAAAGUGUUGCCAACAAUAUGUGUUGCUAAGGAUGGUAAAACAACAGACUAUAUUGUAGGUUUUGAUGAUUUAGGUGGCAAGGACGAUUUUUCUACAGAGAUGUUGGAAUGGCGACUGGGAAAUGCUCAGGCUAUUAAUUAUAGUGGUGACCUUUUGAACCCACCAACAGAUGAUAACGAGGCUAAAGGAAGUGGCCGCAGUAUCCUGGGUUACGCUCGCCCAACUCAGAAGAAAACCAUCCGUGACGAUGGUAAUAGCAGUAGUGAUGACGAUUAUUAAUAUAUGACAUGAAGUGCACAAAGAAUAUGCCUGCAUUCUAAAUACAUACAUACGCUACAUUUCAUACAGAAAAUGUUCAUACAAACAAUAGGGGUGAUGAAAAAAACAUGGAGAACAUGCACUGUAACAUGGGUAUCAUUUAAUCUUGUGUAUCUAGCACUAAUGUCUUCCACAUUCAUUCAAUAUCAAAUCUUUGUUUAAAAAAUUGUUUAAAAAUAAAAUCACCCAAAGUCAUCUAAUUUGUACUUGUGUCCAGUUUAAAGUUAAUUUUGAUAAUGAAUGUCCAAUUUACAAGCGUUUAAUAUCUCAAUCACUGUUAAUAAGUAAACAACCCAAUAGAUUAUUGAUGUUUAAUGAUUAAUAUUUGGACAGUGGUCAGGAAAUUAAAUACUUGUAAAUUUGACACUAAUCAUCAAAUUUAAUCUGUUAGAUUUAAACUGGUCACAAGAAUAAAUUAGAUGAUUUUGAGUGAUUUUUAUGAAUUUUUAAACAAAGAUUAAACGAAUGUCAAGAAAAUUAGUGUUAGAAACACAAGAUUAAAUGAUAGCCGGGUUACAGUGCUGGGAUCAGACUUUAAAAACGGAAAUUACAAUCUGCCCCCCCCCCCCCCAAAUUUUUUUUCUAAAAACUACAUGUAUAAAUGUGAUCAUAAAAUACACUUAUUAAUUGCUGGAGUUUUAUUUUUCGUAAAGGCUUGAUAACUGAACUUGUCACCUCGUUCUGAUCUAUGAGCUAUUUAUUUGUCAGCGUUUAGAGUAUAUAGCUGCACCUGGGCAGACGGACCCACAAGUGAAAUAUAUAAUGUGGUAUCGUCUGCCAAAAAGCUGAAACUGACCCACUCAAUAAAACCGAAAAGUUUUGUUUCAUGAAAAUGGAAAAAAGCCAAAUUUCCCCUUUUGUGAAACAGAAAAUCAUCACCCUUAUUACAAUAAUCAACCGUUAUUAUUGUAUUAUUUAUUUCAUAUAGUGGUCUCAUACAUCAACAUUGUCUGUCUGUACCAUGUAAAUAUUAAUGAGCUUCAGUCCAUUUCACAUUCCUUUAAUACAAAUUAUAAUAAUACUUUCGACAUGCAGAUGCCAGAUCGGAAAAAAUGUAGCAGGUCCCAUGUCAUCAGGAGAUUAUCUGAAUAUUUGGUACUUAGUUAGAGUGAACAAACCCCUCUUAACUAAGGCACCUUAGACACUGCCCUGUCACCCCCAAGAACUAGUAAAUGGUUCUAUAAUACAGACAGCUAUUCACAUAUCUUGUGCGGUUUCAAAGGAACAGCCGUUUCGGUCUGUCCAGGGGUAUUCUGGUUAAUACAUGUAUAUCACCCUUUUCUCUAAUUUUCUUCAAGGAAUAUUUACAUGGACCACAUGCUAAAGGGUUGUGUUUAAUACAUGUCGUCAGUGAAGUGUCAAAAGGGUGUAUCUAAGAAUUUCUAAAGAUUAAGAAAUAGAACCUUUUGCAUUUCAAAAUUUCCACAAAUCAAGAUACAAAAUUUGGACACAUGAUACCCAGAACAGUUCUAAUUGGCGUAGAGAUAAACAGCUUAGACAGAAAUGUGCAUAUUAAUUGUGAGAUUUUAAAAAUGCAAAAAAGUGUAUUUGACUAAUUUCCCGGGAUACACCCUUUUGACACUUCACCGACGAUGUAUUUCAUAUUUUGGUUUCACAAAUUCUCAUUGUUUCUAACUCUGUUACAAUAAUUUCUGUAAUAAACAAACCUGGAGAUAUAAGACACCUGUCACAUAUAUUAUCAGACAGAAAUAAUCACAUAAUGUAUAUAUUAUAAUAUAUGUGUUAUGUAAUUAAUUGUCCCUGACUAUGUUUGUGACAGGUGCCUUCUAUCUAGGUUCAGUAAUAUAGUUACAUGUAUGGUGCUUUCACUGCUUUUUGUUCCUUAAACAAACCAGCAGAUUUGUUUGUGUGACUGCCAUUUGUUUUUGUUAAAUUUAAGAUUCACGUCUAGAACACACCUUCAUAAGUUACAGUAUCAUAGAAAUUGUUUAAUACCGGUAUGUAAUAUAUUAUACAGGUCACAAUUCUAUGGAAUACAAUUACUGCUUAUUACUGAGCGACGUUUCGACUAGGCUUAUCAAGCAAUGAUAAAAUAUGAAAAUAUAACAAGACAAUAUAUAGAUGUACACAACAAUACUUAGUUAAUGGUGACCAACCAGAGAUACCCUUUUAAUUACAGGUAUCUUAACAUAUCAUAAUCCUUAAUUUAGGUUGCCUUCAAGGUAAUCAGCAGUAAUCAUAUUCCAUGGAAUCGUCACCUGUAUAAUACAGUUCAAUUACUAAAUGCCAUUGAAACAAUUUGUAUAAUAAAAGGUUAAUAAUACAUUUGGAAUGUUAAAAUAUGUGUACAUGUAUAUAAACUAUUCAUUAUUUAUCUUUAAUAUUAUAUUCAAAUUAAAUUUGCUUUCAUUAAUC